UCUUCAACAAAUCACGCAGGUCCAUCAUCAUCAUCAUCUUCAUCGUCAUCACCAACUUCUUCAUCAUCACCAUCAAUGGAAUUCCCCUAACCAAACCACUUUUUACCCUAAAAAAUCGAUUCCUUUUAUCUUCCUCUCUUUAGUUUUGUAGGUUUUUUCUUCUUCUUCUUUUUUUUUUUCUUCCAGAUUAACUCUUAAAUUAGUUUCUUUGAGUUCUCGACCCUGUAGCUUCGUUCCUGUUAAUAAUUUCUUGUGAUCCUUUCAGUACAAACCAUUAAAAAACCCUAAUUUCACAAACCCACCGACUUCUUCUUCUUCUUCUUCUCUCUCUCUCUGUCUCUGGCCCAUCCUUAAACCCACUCUGCUUUUGCUUUUCUUUUCUUUUUUCCGGGAAAUUUGAUCUCUUUUUAACUCUCGUCAUUAUUUGUAGGGAUGAUCUUUUAGUUUUUGGUUUUGUUUUCCCCCAAAUUCUCACUUUUUUCUCACUUCAUCAUCUUUCACAUAACCGAGUAAACCCUAGAAAUCUCCCCCCAAUUCUAAUUCCAAUGGGUUUCUUUCAUCACUGUGCUUAAUCAUGUCUUAGGGUUUACUCGGUUUCCUUUAUUAUAUCACUUUGAAGUAAUUAAAUUGAUCAUCCUUUUUUUUUGCUUUGGCAUAAAGUUUCCAUUUUUUUUUCUUCUCUCUCUCUUUCUCACUCCUCUGUAAUCACGGCGUACCAGUCAGUUCCGGGUUCUGGGUUUCACUACUUGAAUUCUCCUUUUGGUGAUACAACUUUCACAAAGGUAUUCGUCGGUGGACUUGCUUGGGAGACUCAAAGUGAAACCCUUCGUCGCCAUUUCGAACAGUACGGUGAAAUCCUUGAAGCUGUUGUCAUUGCUGAUAAGAACACUGGCCGAUCCAAAGGAUAUGGCUUUUUGUUUUGUGAAUGAUUCAGUGCUCUGUUUCUAUUUCAUAUGGAGGAUUUAUAGGUGACUUUCCGAGAUCCAGAAGCUGCUAGGAGAGCUUGUGUUGACCCAACUCCCAUUAUAGACGGUAGACGUGCAAAUUGUAAUCUUGCUUCCCUUGGGAGACCUCGCCCUCCAUUGCCCUAUGCAUUGAUACCUAGUAUGCCUGGGCGUUUAAGACCAGCUUCCCCGUACAUUGGAAAUGUGCAGGGUCCUCGUGGUUCACUUAUUGGAAACUAUCCGUAUCAGCAACCACUUCCAUUUAACUACCACCAGCAAGGACUUGUGUAUCCUUAUGGGGUAACCGCUUAUGGACCCGAGUACAUGUACUCGCAAUCACAGGGUUUAUAUAGUCCAUACAUGGGUCAGCAGUACCUUCAGGUCUACGGAGUACCUGGGGCAGUGAAUUCACCCGUUUAUCAAUAUGGGCAAUUAAGUCAGACUAUUCCCAGUGGCCAGGGCUAUACAGCAGUUCAAGGGUAUUCAGUUCCAGGAAGCCAUGUUCUGCAGCUUGGUGGACCUACUGUCAGUGCGAUGACCACUUCAUCUAUGUCUGCUCUUCAAGCUCCAUACCCUUCAGGUAUACCAGGCCCUGCUCCUGUACAGUCGCAUAUCAUUGUCCAUUCCCCUCAAUUUAUGCAGAAUAGUGGUUCUGACCAAACAACAAGUUAUUCUUGAAGACUGAGGAGAAAAGGAAGUUAAGCGGUAGCAAAACUGCUACUUAAGGUGGCAGCAGAGGCUUCCUGUUUUAUUAAGUCUUGCACGUUAUUUAUCAUGCAUCCUAAAAGGUUAUAUAAAAUAGUCUUGCUCACUGGAAAGGCGCAGAAGGAAACAAGAAAAGGAAAUUGGAGUUACAGGGUUUGUGCUUCUGUUUUCUUACCCAUCCAUCAAUGUGUAUAAAACACAGCCACACAAGCAGCUGCUGGCUCGAGCUCGGGUUUGAGUUUUGAAGGCACUAUAAUGGUUUUGCUCUUGGGAGGGGAAAACCGUUAGUAAUAAGUUGGUGUACAAUAUGCAUAUAUAUAUAUAUAUACACAUACACGAGCAUAUACAUGGUAGAAUCAAAAUCUGAUUCUUUUAUAGUCUAAAAAGUCGUAAUACCACUACACUUCCUUCAGGUAGAGGAGUGUAGUGAGUAACAUUGAUAGGUAUAUAGCCUUUGUCCCCAGGUCCUGCAUUGUAAGUAAAAACAUGUUCAUGUUCUUGUCUGUUACUGUGCAUAUUUAGGGUU